UUUUCUGGUGUGGCUCAAAUGUGGCGGUGCCAUGUCAAAAGCCGAAAAUAAUCCAUGACAUCUGCACUGCAUGUAAAGUGAAAGGAGCCGUUCCAUCAUACAGAACCUCCACUUUCACGAGGAGACACAGUAUCACGCGUCCACCUAUCAAUUACCGCGGGGAAAGCUGUAAAAGCGACACAUCAUCACAACAUUUGAUACAGAAAUCCAUUGCAAAUCCGAAAUCUACCGGCACGAUUGCUCUUCCAUCAUCACAUCACACCACAAUGGCAGACGAUACACGGCAGCAAUCACAGCAAUCGCAGCAACCGCAGCCACCCUCAUCGAUCCCAUCCGAAGCACCCAAUGCCUCCGAAAUCCUACGCGCUUCUAGGCCCCCCGCCAAUAUCAUGCCUGGAGGAACUGCGCAUACAGCGGGUGGCCAGCGCGUUGAGGACGGCCCAACCUACUUCGACGUGGUGCGCAGGUUAGGCCCGGAGUAUUAUCUCAAUUUUCACAAGAGACCCUGUGUAAGGGAUGGACUUAUGACGGGUAUUGCUAGUGGGUUCGUGGCAGGAAGUGUGGCUGCAGUCCUGAGACGACCGGUUUAUCUUUGCACAAAUUGGGCCGUAGGAAUCUGUGUCAUGGCAGCUUGCGGUCACUAUCAAACAUGCCAAUACUACCGUGGUCGCGAGAAGGACGGCAUGAAACAAGCACAAGUGCUCAUCGAAAAGAAGCGCGCUUCCAUGGAAGCAAAGAAAGAAGCACGGCGCAGAGCGAGGGAAGAGCAGGAGCGAAUCGAAGAAAUGCAGCGACAAGAGCAAAUUAGGAGGAAAUCGUGGAGUUAUUGGGCAAGUAAAAAUCUGAAAUUUUGGUAA